ACUGUGCACUCACUUAUGUCUGAAGAGGAGGUUAUUAAGCGGCGCCUGAUAUUUGAUGGCGAUGGUACUGGAGAAGAUCGUCGGUUAAAUGUAUUGCUGAGAACGGUUUCCAAAUGGAUAAAUUCGAACGAGGAUGCGGAAGAAGAAUCUUCGCAAAUUUAUGACAAAAUCUUAGCCCAUUUAGCUCUAGUCAAACAUUCUAGAAAACGUUCGGAAUAUGUGGCAAAGUCAAAUGCCGAACAGCUUCUAAAAUAUAAAGCGCUGUACGCACAAUAUGAAACAAAUAUAAAUGAAACAAAGGAGGAAAUUAUUAAACAAAAGGUCAAAUUACAAAACGCAAAAGUUAUUAAGAAUAAUCGCAUACAAUAUGAUCUCCUGGCUAAAGCCAUUGCUAAGGAGCCUCGGCGAGCUGAUAUGAUAAAAAAAUUAGAGGUUUUGCAAAAAGAUCUUACUGAUCUGGCGGAAGAAAAGAGGCAGCUAGACAUAAAUUUGGAGAAAAGGAGGAAACAAUUUCAUGUUUUAGCUACAUCAGCAAAUGAGUUAGAAAACAUGUUAAUUCAAGAUCAUAUGUAUCAAUCAAAGUCAGACUGUAAAUCUGAACCUAUGUCUGAAUGAUUGAUUAUAAUGCAGUAAUACUAGUAAUAAAUAUAUGUAACUUUAUUAUAAUUUAUUGUGUAAUAUACUUCGAGAGGGAUGAAUCCAGGACAAACUUAUUAAAAAAAAAAGCAUAAAAAACUUUUCUCUUAUAGAUAUUGAAAAUAUGUAGGAACUAAAUUUUAAUUCCUAAUGAUUUUUUAAAACCACCUAUUGCUAUUGCAGCGACAUAACUUUUUAAAGGAGUUUGUAAAACUUGAAACAACUUAAAUUUCCGUUGCACCUUGUAAUUAUGGCUGAUUUCAAAGUUGACUUUUUUUGCUGCUCCAAAAAUUAUUUAUAAUUGAAAACACUCUUUCUUCCUCUGCAUUAGCAGAAAGGUAGACAGAGUGCAAACUUAACUAUCAAAGAUAUGCUUUUUUGUACAAUUAUCAAAAUCUUCAAGCCAUUGGACACAAACAUUAAUAUAUCAUUAGUUUCUUUCAGCUUUUCAAUGGUUACAGAUUACUUUAUCAAAGAUAUUUCUUCAAAUAGUUCAUCUACAUUGAUCAAUGUGUCAUUUUACAACAAAACAGUUUAUAUUGCGGGUUGAAUUUUCGUGUAAUGUUUAAUUGCAGCGUUGGCAAUGUUUAUUAAUUAUCUGGGAGAUAUCCAGGACAGGCCAAUCCUGUAUGGUUGGUCAGCCUGGUAUAUAUAUCUUUAUUUAUUGUCAUAUAGUCAAAUGCCUUCUAAAUUUCAUAAAAAUGACUUGCGUUUUCCAAUAUGAAAAUGAUACCUAUAUUUUACAAAAUAAAUGUAAAAUCAGGAAAAAUUGGCUACCAGCUGCCAAAAUUUUUUACGAAUGAAUUAUUUAUUAUGAUUAGUUAAAUCAACUACCAACACAUACAUUACUAAAAAAAACUAACCUAAAAAUAGGUGGCAGUCACUUUUAAUCAUAGACAACAGAUGUUAGUUUUGGAAGGGUUUAGAAACUAGUGAACGAGAAAUGACGCUAUAUAUGGCGUCAUUACCGUCCAAUCAUUUAUAUUCGG